UGAACACACACAGACACACAUACACACCAACCGUGAUACAGAAACAAAUACAAAUACAAACACAAAAACACAAACACAAAGAAUCAAUUGAUACUCAACUUGUAUAAAAUGAUGCAGAUCAUAUCUAUCUGAUGGUAAUCAAUUGAUGCACAACUUGUUAUUGUAAAAAUGGAUGCAGAUUAUUUCUGCUCUCUGUCUGAUGAUCACUACUACUACUACCAAACAAAACCACAAAUCAAAAGGAAGACAGAAAGUUAUGAUGGAAAAUAGAUAGCAUUUAUGAAAAGUUUCCACAUCCUGUUCUGACAUUUAUCUGAGGGAAAGAGUUCAAGCUGUUCAUUUUAUAAAGCUAUAAAAAGAUAAAAACUUGUCAGGGUUCUCAGCUCUGCCCCAUAUCAUUCCAUGUCCGUGUCCCACUUUGCUUCGAGAGCUGAUUAAAUACUUUUUGAAAACAUUCAACUGAUUGGUCUGAGCUAGAUUCUUCUGUCCCGUGCAAUCCCUCAACCAACCGGCAGGGAAUUCUGUAUAUUUGGUAGAUUCUUGUGGUUGUCACAGACAGUAUAUUGUAUGCAUACAGUGUACAGUGUUUUUGACUUUGACACGUAAACUUCACAACAUGGGUGGUCAAAUCAUGGAGGAAUUGUACGUACAGUACAAUUCAUUAAUUGUGAAUACAUUAUGUGUGUGUAUCACUCAUGUAAGAUGCGCAGAACACAUUUAUUAAGUCUCUUGUUUUGACAUAUUUCACUCAAAUUUGUCCUGGUGCUAGAAUCAUCAGUCCAUUAUAUGAUUAGCAUUUUUUUUUGUGUCUCUGCUAAAUAUGGGACUUUAUUACUGACAUUUGAGGCAUGGAGAACGAGGAAAGAGUUAUUUAUUUAGGUGAAAGUUGAAAGCUAGUCUGCUUACAUAAACCCAGAGUAGGAGCAGGAGCAUAGUUCAUGGUUAACAUUAUGAAAUUUGUAUGUUAUUCCGUAGCCAGGCAAAGUCCAUCAAUUGAAUACAACAAUAGUGUCUGAUUAGAAAUGCUACAUACCGCAAACUGUACACUACACACACACACAUACGCGCGUUCACACACACACACACACACACACACACAUACGCGCGUUCACACACACACACACACACACACACACGCGCGCGCGCGCACACACACACACACACACACACACACACACACACACACACACACACACACACACACACACACACACACACACACACACACACACGCGCGCCCGCGCGCGAUUAGUUUGAUUUACUCUAUUUAACAUGACAUUAUACCACAGAUUAUUUGAAAUUAUUAGUACAUUUAUGCUAUUAUUUCAGCAAAUUACAAUUUAGAUAUUAUUCAAUAACAAAAUACUAUUGUUAGAUAUUAUAUCUAUCCAUCUACUGAUUACGUCAUACAAAUUAUAUUCAAUAAUAAUAAAUAAAAAAAUAAAUAAACAAAAAAAUAUCGAUAAAUAUAAUGCAAAUGUGUAAGACUCCAUAAUAGAUGUAUAUUCAUUUUCAAGGUCAACAUGUGAUAACAAUGUUAUCACUGAUGCUGAAAAUUAUACAAUCCGAAGACAAGUAUGUAUCUCUCUUAUGUAACCAAUAUCUUACAUUUUACGUAACCAAGUCAGAGAUACAGGCUACUCUAUAUACUAGAUAUACUUAAGUGAGGGCAACAGGUGCACAGCACAUCAGGUCACGUCGCUACAACGUAUGCCUAAAGCAGAGUCGCAUCAUCGAGAAUGUGAAGCCAAAUCAUUAAUCAGUUUCAUGGUGGGAUUGAGAAGAACAAAUACUGUAAUCUGACACGGGAAAUAGGAGCUUUCUGCAGGCUCCAUUUCUCUCUCCCUCUCUCUCUCUCUGGGCCACGCUCACCACUUUCACGUCAUUCUACCUCACAGGGUUUAUAAAUCUUUCAACAGGUGACCAAGUGAAAGUGACCAGAGUGCCAGAGAUCCUCACCCGCCCCUUACCUUCCUGCCUUGGUUGGAUCAGUCCAAGACAGCGCUCCAGCAGUGAGGGUGUUUAAGCAGGUUCAUGUAAAAUGACAGAUUAGAGAAGUAUGGGUCAGCCGUUGCUUUGCACAACAGAUUAUAAGGCCGCAUUGUGGAAUAAUAUAGAAAAAUGGGAGCAUUUUCCAUACAGCAUGGGUGAGUCAGGACAUUUAAAAUACUCCUUAAAGAUAUUAAAUAGAGCCCAGCCUAAUCCUAAGAAGCUCUGCUUGUCUUUUCCUGCAGCGGUUCAUGAGCUAUUGUUGCCUGAAUAGAGCAACAAUGCUGAAGCCAAAAGGAACUAAGGGGUUCUGGUGUCUUUGGGUCGGUGUUCUGGUCCAAGGAAGCAACCUCGGAGGAAACAGCGACCACCAACCGAGGCCUCUCUGCCAUGCAGGUUCAUACUGUCCUGUGGGGACGUCACGCGCCACUCUCUGUCCCGAGGGAAGCUACGGCCCCAGUGAUGGUGCUGUCUCAAGCGAGGGCUGUCUGAGUUGUCCCUCGGACCACUACUGCCCUAGAGCAGGCCUAGAUGCCCCACUGCCCUGUGGCGCAGAUGCUCACCAGCCCCUCCCAGGGCAGAGAGUCUGUAUCUGCCUGGGCGGAGGACAGAGCUUCCAGACCAGCAUUGGCCAGUGUCGCUGUGCUCUGGGUUAUCAAUCCACCAACCAGAGGAAUGUGUGUGUGGAGACUCUGUAUGACGUUUGCAGUGACAGAAAAACCCGGACUCAGUAUGGAAACUGUCUGGGCAAAAGUCAAUGGGCGCUACAUUGUAGCCAACAGGUGUGUCUCUCUGCGGAGGACUACCAGGGCUACGACGGGGAGUUGGGCGUGUGCACGUGCAGAGAAGCUCCGGGAAGGACCUCCUGUGGAAGCCUAUGUAGGCGCGGCCCCAGCACUAAGCUAAAGCUUCAGUGCAGCGCCAAUGGAGAUCUAGAGUUAGCCUGGCGCUAUGAUACACAUCAGGCCUCCGCCCUCUCCGGCAGUCUGCUAGAGAGUGUUUUUAAACGCUGGGACUCCCAGGGGGCUCUGCUUUGUCAGAGACUCGACGCGACGCACUCGGUACAUGCUGUGGAGACGACGGUGGCAGGCUUUCUUGGCCUACUCAGCGGCAUCCCAAAGGAGCUCCAUGCAUUGUUCCCCACUGGCAGACAGGACGAGCGUACAGGACUGGAAGUGCUAGAAACAGAUAAUUACUCGUUUUCAAAUGGGGAUUCUGAGGCUACAACCCAUGGGCAUCAAGAUAAAAACACCAGCGAUGAGGGCGGAGCCUCAAGUAAUGUUGGCUGGGGCAGUUUAAAUGACGUGCCUGCUGUCAGUGGGGUCAUGAACCCCACAGCGUGUCUCCAGCUGGGGGACGUCUUGCUCUUCACUGUCACCACACACUACUACCCCCAGUAUGACAUUGCCAAUCUCUUCAACACAAACCGUGAUUUCGACUGGGGUGUAUUUACCCUGCUGGCGGACGAGCUGGCCCUGUCCUCGCCUCCUCCCACCCUGUUUCCCCUGGUAUUCAGCAUGCCUGGAACAUAUGUCCUGAAGCUUAGCAGCAAUCAGUACAAACAGAUGUAUGUGCGGGUGAUGCCAGCCGGGGGCCAGUGUUACGAGCCAGAGCCUUUUUUAGCGUCCUCACCCGGUCACCUGACCAGGGUCGGCAUCAGGAGGAAACACGCCCUGCUACUGCGACCUGAUUGGGCGGUCACAGGCGGACUGCUUUCCGGCGCUGUGCUGCUCAUGUGUUUGUGUGUGACAAUGCUAGUCCUGUUUCGUGAAUACGGUUGGCCAGAGAAGAAGCCAAUCAAUGCGAUGUACCGUGUGACAUCGCUGGCCUACUGCAUGGCGGAUUACUCUUCAAAGGGUUCAAGGUUGACAUCAUUCAAAAGGACCCAUAGAAACCAGCAAGCCAGAGAGACACAAGAUACCAUAGGGUCAGUGGGGUGUGCGGAGCCGACCGAUGAGUUCUGGGAUUAUGAGAAGCAGGUGGACCUGGAAGCCUUCAGCACCAACACCUUUUAUAACCUCCUGCUGAAGCAGAGCCUGUCCGUCACGUCCCACCUGGGACAGCUCACCACCGAGGUGAAGGAGCUGUACCAGGGGGUGCUGGAGAAACUGAGCUUGCUCCGCCCACACUUGCCCGUAGAGGAGAGGGGAGCAGAAGGCUAUGACAGGCUCAGGAGGGAGGUGGAGAGAGAGGCUGGACGCCGGCAGUCCAAGGCCACGCAGCUCAGGGUACUGCUUGACUUUCAACUGCAGGUGCUCCAACAAGAGGGUCAGAUCCAGAAGAGGGUCCACAAUGUGUUCACAGCCCGCCUGAAGGAGUGCACCAGGCUCCUGGCCAGGACCUGUGACCCUCCCCAGCUCCUUGGGGAAGAAGCCCUUCCAAGUGUGGUGCAGAGAGUGUUGUCGCUGGUGGAGGAGAUGGAGGAGCUGGUGUCUGCAGAGUCCAAGCGGCUGGGGGCCUGGGGAAUGCUGGGAGAUGGUACAGGGGCUAGGCUACUGUGCCCAGACACCGGGACGGUGCUCACGAAGGAGCACAUUAUUGGUCGUGCGGGGGAGUCACUGAGAGAGGGAGCGGUGCAUACUGAUGCAGUGACUGGUCUAAUGAGGCCUGCUCCUAACUGCCAUAUGCUGCUAGGGGGCGGACACAUCAUGCCAGUGCCCCCCGACUACUUCCUUCACCCCCACACGGGCAGGGUCAUGCCCAUACAUGGCAAUGUGGCCUAUGACCCUGCCUGUUCUGCUCUUGUAUGCACUACCGACCUGUGCAGAGUAAAACCAGACGACAACAGGAAGUGUGAGGUCCCGCUCCUGCCCUUCGUUCCCUACCCAACCUUGCGCCACUCCAACCAGCCCAUGCCGUGCUCCAAGCUCAGAGGCCUGAGGCCAGGCCAGAGACUGCAGCUCGGGGCCCCCAUGGCAGACCCGGUCACUGGGGUCCCAGUGCCCAUCCUUGGGGUCACCAUCCACCCCCAGAGUGGGCUAGUGUACCCACUGGGAGGGCUGUAUGCCUGCCCUCUCACUGGGCUCCGGCAGCACAUACAGAUGGGUUCACCCUUCUUGGACCCGCGUACAGGCAGCAUGAUGCUGACCACCGGAGUCAGCCUGGACCCAAUGACAGGAAUAGUUGUGCCAGUGGGCGGGGUUGUCCUGGCUGAUUCAUUCAUGGAGCCUAUGAGUGGACGGCUGGCGAGAGUGGGUGGGGCCAGUUUAAGGGCGGGCCAGAUGGUGCCUCACGCAGGAGGAUUUCAGGCAUUCCUUGACAGCAAGGUGCUGUCAUCCCGGGCCACAGUGCUGAAUCUCUUGAAGGGUCUGACAGAGGGCUGGACGUCGGGCAGUGAGAGGGGGCAUGCUGGCAGCCAUGUUGACCAUGUGAAGGCCGCUGCCAGGGAUCUGGAGAUGGCCUGGGGGAGGAGCCUUCACUGCCUGCUGCAGCUGCAGACACGCCUCCAGAUCCUGAUUGACUGGAGCUCUGGCCUACAGAGGGACGGGGGCACUCUGGGCCUCAUGCAGCUCCCAGGAUGUGACAUGUGUGUGACAGCUCUGCUGGGGCUGGAGUACCCCGACCCCAUGGGGUCUGGCCUGAGCGUGCCGGUCCUGGGCUCUCAGGUCGACCCCCUCACUGGGUCCACAGUGCCUCUGGCGGGGACCAUGGAAGACCCCAAUGGAAAAGGACUGGUACCCAUCCGGAUCGGGGCUCUGACCGUGGACCCGGUCACUGGGGUAUUGGCGCCAGUCGUCGGCGCCAGGUUGGACAUGUCAAGAAAGAACAUUGUUCCAGUAACAGUGUCCAACUGGACGGCCACCUAUGAUCACACAGAUACCGUCCAGAUGGAGGCUCUGCAGAAGGAGGUGUUUUUGAGAAGUCAGUACUGGCAGCAGCAGGGCCAGAGGGAGGAGAAGAUCCUCUCUGAUCUGGACAUGGCUCUGCUCCACUUCUUUGGAGAAGCCAUGCAAGCUGGCUCCGCUCAGACCAACUGGACAGAGUCGGGUCGGUGUCUGCGGGAGGUGGGGGUGGAACUCCAGGAUGACGCCCAGUGUGAGGCUCAGAGGAGGGUGGUGCAAGUCGCAUUCCUGUCCCUCCUGCUGCCAACCCCUGUCCUACACAUCCUCACACAGGGGGACGAAGAGGAAUGGGAGCUGCAGUGUGUCUGGCACUCCCAGCUCAUGUCGUGCCUGGACAGCAUUGAGGUCACGAUGGAGCAAUUGCACUGUGGUCAGGAGAAGCAUUUCCCGAAACAGGUUGUGGACUGGGAUCUGAGACAGAAGGAGCUCUCACAGCAGUUCUGCUCCAGACAGGCCGAGGUGGAGACAGUUUUGAGCAGCCUUCAGUCCACGCGUCAUCUCUCCCUGCUCCGCUCAGACACUGCACAAGCUGUGUUGGGUCGUAAAUUCUGGUACAAGGACUAUGGGCUGCCCCACCACGACGGACUCAGAUCGGAUGUGAGGGUGGUUGGCUUGGCUCAACAGAAGGCUCUGCCCAUCCUGGAGAGGCUCAGACAGCUGCUGGAAGACAAACAGCCCAUGAGCCUCUCCCCAAGCACCUACUGGCAACACAUUGGCGGUCUUUCAACCAAACAGGCGUACGGGUUAGAGAUGUCUAGAGCGUGGACAGCCUCUGUGCCCGUGGUGAAAGGAAUCUCUUCCCAGUCUUUGAGGGAGCAAAUCAAAUCACAGUCCCAAGAUUCGGCACUGCCCGCCAGUCCACAGACCAACCCCCACACCGCAUCAUCUGGAAACCCUUGCCAAGAGAACCAACCGAUGAAAGCAUGUGGCCCGCCCACUCAUGUGUGUGUUCCUACAAUUGCAGAGGAGGAGUGGGAUAAGCUGCUCCAGCGAUCUCCUCUCUUCCAGCUGCUGAGGAAGGUGGAGCUCGGUUUGAAAGAGCAGGCUCUGGAUGCAGGCUUUCUAAAGGGAGAGUUGCGCAUAGAUGAAAGCAGCAGAUUUGUUGAUGUGCUGGAUGCUCAGUGGGCUUGUGAAGGAGAGCUCAUCCCUCUGGACGUGCAGACUCUGAACCCCAGAGAGUUCCUGGCCUACCAGCACGGACUGUUCCUGCUGAAGUUGCUGCACACUCUCAAACUGGCCCCAGCAAUUUCCCUUCAAGUUGCGGCUAGUCUCCCACACAACAACUAUGCGGAGAAUGCCUUCAGAAAUUCGUUUUUUUAUCAGGAUGCAGAGGAUAGGCUCUUUGUGCGACGGCAGAGGCUCCAGUGUGUCGGAGGAUUCUCUCUGCUCCUGCUCCACUGUCUGUCUCACAUUUCCGUUGGAGACAUGAGCUCUGACUCCAGCCCGGCCUUCCAGAGGCUUUUCUUCAAGUCGCUCCAGGUCUGUCUCGGGGAGCUGUUUCAGGCCAGAUUAGGCAAGCUCUCCUCUGGACAGGACGCCGUCUCCUUGGCAUGGUCACCAUGCCAAGGAGAUUUUCCCACCACUUUCCUAAUAGACAGUCAUCAAACACCCAGCAGAGGAGUGCCCUCUCAACACGAGGAAACCGCGCCCCAGAAGAAUCGUUGUGAAGAAGAAUCUCUGUUCAACCGCAUUCAGGAACUGUUACGGGAAAAGCAUUAAACAAUGUGUUUUAUUUUGGUUUUGGAAAUGGUACGCGGCGUACACCCUAUUUCAGAAAAGGGCCAUUCCAUGGCGUGUGUGGACGGAAAAAAAAUAGUGGUGGCGCAAUCAUGAAGGGCGGCAGCAUGAGCCGGCGUGCUACACACAACAAACUAUUGUGUUAAAUGUUCUUUGGCUUACUAUAAGUAUCAAGCAAGAAGUUUGAAUGUUUUUGGACACACAAAGAUGUCACUGAAAUCCACCUUAUGGCCGUGAUUGAUGAUGACACGCUCCCACAAAGUUAUAUUUAUCCAAAAAGUGCAAUAUGUGUUGUAUAUAAUUGCAAUAAUAAUGAAAUAAACCUGUUUAUUUAAAAAACAAAACGAGGAGGAACAGAGGGAGGAGGAACACAGAGAGGAGGAAUAGAGAGGAGACACAGAGAGAGGAGAUACAGAGAGGAGACACAGAAAGAGGAGGAACAGAGGGAGGAGGCACAGAGAUGAGACACAGAGAGAGGAGGAACAGAGGGAGGAGACACAGAGAGGAGACACCGAGAGAGGAGGAACAGAGGGAGGAGACACAGAGAGGAGACACAGAGAGAGGAGGAACAGAGGGAGGAGACACAGAGAGGAGACACCGAGAGAGGAGGAACAGAGGGAGGAGACACAGAGAGGAGACACAGAGAGAGGAGGAACAGAGAGAGAGGAGGAACAGAGGGAGGAGACACAGAGGAGACAGAGAGAGAGGAGGAACAGAGAGAGGAACAGAGAGGAGGAACAGAGAGGAGGAACAGAGAGGAGGAACAGAGAGGAGGAACAGAGGGAGGAGACACAGAGGAGACAGAGAGAGAGGAGGAACAGAGAGAGGAACAGAGAGGAGGAACAGAGAGGAGGAACAGAGAGAGGAACAGAGAGGAGGCACAGAGAUAUGAGGAACAGAGGGAGGAGACACAGAGAGGAGAGACAGAGUUCUUAAUUACUUACUCUAUCGGGCUCAUGCACUUGUAAAUCGGUCAAUGAAUUCGGAAAUAUUUAGCAGGAUGCAGUACGCUGUACGCUCUGUUUAUAGACUAAUUGUUGAUUUUUAGUGCAAUGCGUGGAAACUUUGCAACCAACUAGGGUGCGGCCGACCAGCAGGCAACACUGCUGGUAACUUUUGUUCUCACUCUAGAGCCCUUUAGAGCUAUAUAAUUACAGGCCCUACUCUUUAUGUUAUUCGUUUAGGGGCUUCUAAUUGUUGAUUGCCACAAAAUGUCAAAUGUGAGUAAGAUUUAUAAAGUGUAAGCACUCUUAAACAAUUUUAGUUUAUGAGGAAAAUAAAACUUAACUUUCAUGACCUCUGUCUUUUAACUGAUUUAAUUGAAGAGACUUGGGCAGAUCAUCAACAUUCCUUAUGACUUGAAUUGUGUCUUGCUUGACCUGAGCAA